UAUUCAGCAAAAAUAAAGUGAUAGGUGUCGUACAGAUGGUCAACAAAUUGAAGGGAAACUUCAAUAAAAUGGACGAAGAAAACUUCAGUACAUUUGCCACGUAUUGUGGACUGGCAUUAGAUCACGCCCGGUUGUACGAGAAAAUCCGAAAGUCUGAGCAGAAGAAUAAAGUGGCGCUCGAAAUACUCUCCUAUCAUAACACCAGUAAUAAUGAAGAGCUGGAGAGGACUCGCGAGGAUAUCGGCAAAUUCAAAGCGCCCGAUGUCUUAGAACAAUCGUUUUCGCCGUACUAUUUGAGUGAUGACCACAAACUGCUCACUACUAUUAAAGUGUUUGAACAAAUCAGUGGUAUUCCUAAUUUGGAUAACGAUGACCUCUAUAGGUUCACAUUAAGCGUACGCAAAAACUACCGUCGGGUUCCCUACCAUAACUGGACGCAUGGGUUUAGUGUAGCCCACAGUCUGUAUGUGUUCAUUCACGACUGCGACCGUUUCACCAAGCUCGAAAAGUUGGCCUUUUUUGUCAGCGGCCUCUGCCAUGAUCUCGACCACAGGGGGACAACCAAUCAGUUUCUCAUCCAUUCAUCCGCACCAUUAGCAGCCAUUUACACGACAUCCCCAUUAGAGCACCACCACUACAACCAAACCGUUCAUAUAUUACAAGUCAGUUACUUUUUAUUGAAUAAAAAUUUGGCGCUGUUUUUCCCCAACAAAGCAAAACUGGAGAAUCUGUUAACGUCAGCGACAUUUGACUGGAAUAAUAGCGAACACAAACUUCUAUUAGAGGCGAUAUCGAUGACGGCGGCGGACCUGAACUCGACGGCCCGGCCGUGGAUGGAGGCUCGGGAACAGGUGAAGGAACUGUUCGAAGAGUUCUACGCUCAGGGAGACAUCGAGAAGGAAUUGGGCCGAAAGCCCAUACCAUUGAUGGACAGGGAGAAAGUGCACGAACAGCCCGCCUCUCAGGUCGACUUCCUCACCAAUAUAUCCAUCCCAACAAAUCUAAAGUUAUGGACGGAUAAAGUGGAGAAAGAGAAGAAACUGAGAGAAAAGUUGGAUUUAAUGGCGACACUGAAGGAGGAGUCCGGCGGACACAUAACGUUCAGAAACCACGCAAAGCCCGUAACCCGGGGUAGGAUUGAAAGGACACGAUCUCUACUUCACUGAUAGGUUUUGCCAUAUUUUACGUGGAAUUCACUGCACAGGGAAUCCUAUAAUUAAUAUACAAAACACCAAAAACUUUUAAUAUAACUUCCGAUACUUUAAAUAAUAAUAAUAUUAAUUAAAUUAAUAUAUAUUUUGCAUAAUUAAUUAAUUUCCUGAUGAAUGUAACCAAUAGUACCCUAUUGUUAAAUAUAAGGGG